UUGUUAGAAUUCCUUAUUUAUGAUUACAUAAUUAUCACUGUGUGAUGAUUAACCAUUUUUCUAUUACUGAGCAUUUGUUUUAGACUUUAGGCUUGUAGUCUUUUAUAUUCAGUGAAUAUUUUUGUGCAUGAAAUCUGCAUUUUGAGAUUUUUUUUGGAGACAUUCCUAGGUGGGGAAGUAUUGGGUCAAAAUAUAUAUACUGUAAGUUUCUUGAUACAAUCUAAGCAGAUCUGUUAAACUGUUUUCCUAAACUUUUAUGCUUAUACUAAGUGAAUAUAUUUCUAUAUGUAUAUAUUUAAGUGUAUUUACCUUUUAACAUGUGUUGCCUGCUUUGGGUGGAACAGGGAAACACCAGACCCAAGUUUCCAGGAAGAGUUCUCUGGUCUCCUGCUCUUGAAAAUGUUACGAUCAGCUAUAGAAGCAUCCAAGGAUAAAGACCAGGUAAAGAGCAAUGCAGUCCGGGCCCUUGGAAAUUUGCUUCCUUUUCUGCAACCCUCUCAUAUAGAAAAACCCACAUUUGCAGAAAUAAUUGAGGAGUCUAUCCAGGCCCUAAUUUCUACUGUUCUAACAGAAGCUGCCAUGAGAGUCCGAUGGAAUGCUUGUUAUGCAAUGGGAAAUGUAUUUAAAAAUCCUGCCCUUCCAUUAGUUGUCUACAAUAAGCAUAUAUUGUUUUAAUGGUCAAGAAAAAAGGAAGGAAACAAAACUGGAACGAGAGGGGAUAUAAACUGGAAAUCCCCUGUGAGCUGUGUACAGAAGUGGAUGCCAUUAAUAAAUGUAAGGAGGGCAUCUGUCUCUAAGUAGUGGCAUGCCAUGCACCUGGAUAUGUCAUUCAGGACCAGUAGCUGCUUAGGUGUGUGGAUCGGAGCCUCCAAACCUCGCUCACUUUGAAUGCCAGUGUUCGCUUUAUUGCAUUUCUCUCUCUCAGAAGAUUUGAGACCUAAGGAUGUGUUCCUGGAGAGGAGCUCAUGCAUCAAGUGAGGGAAUUCUGGCUCUGCUCUCGUUUAUUGCCCAGAGCGUCCAGGCCGACCAGUCAGCUGGGAGCAUGUGGAGAAGUAGCCUCCUGGCUUCUUCC